AUGCGUGUUUUAGUUUUAAUCGCAACUUUGUUUACUUCAUCUUUGUUUGCCCAUGCAUUCUCAUCUAAUUAUGCUCCUAUAGGCAUAUCUUUGCCAGCUUUUACCAAAGAAUGUCUUUACUAUGAUUUAGCCUCUGAUGAAGAUGUGAUUGUGGUCAGUUACCAAGUAUUGACGGGUGGGAACUUUGAGAUAGAUUUUGACAUUACCGCCCCUGAUGGUUCUGUCAUAGUUACUGAAAGGCAAAAGAAGCAUUCUGAUUUUCUGCUGAAGUCAUUUGGUGUUGGCAAGUACAUUUUCUGUUUGAGUAAUAACUAUGGCACUUCCCCAAAGAAAGUUGAAAUAACCUUGGAAAAAGAAAAGGAAAUCGUUUCCUCUCAUGAAAGGAAAGAGGAUGUCAUUGCAAAUAAUGCUAUUGAAGAGAUUGAUAGAAACCUAAAUAAAAUCACCAAAACGAUGGACUAUCUGAGGGCCAGAGAAUGGAGAAACAUGUAUACUGUGAGUUCUACUGAGUCAAGAUUAACGUGGCUGUCCUUUCUAAUAAUGGGGGUGAUGGUCGGUAUCAGCAUAGUGCAGGCUUUAAUUAUUCAAUUUUUUUUUAGCAGUCGCCAAAGAAACUAUGUAUAA